AUGGGUACAGACGAGGUUGAGAAUGGCCCAUCGCCUACUCCAGGAUUGUACACCCCAGAAGAACUGGAACGCCUCGGCCGUGAACGUCCUCCCGCAUUCAAAUCGAUAUGGCACGAACUAGGGUUCUGUUUUUCCCUUCUGGGGUCUAUGUUCGUAUCAGAGUACAUGAUCUCGGGUUUCAACGUCCUGCUUCCUCCCCUCGCUGAAGCUUUGGAUAUCCCCGAAAAGGCAGAAACAUGGCCAGCGAGCGUCUUCUCCCUAGUGACCGGCGCCUUUCUACUCCCCUUCGGUCGCCUGGCGGAUAUAUACGGUGGAUACAUCGUCUUCAUAUCUGGACUGGCUUGGUUCGUCAUCUGGUCUCUCAUCGGCGGAUUCAGUCAAAACUACAUAAUGCUCAUCUUUUGUCGAGCACUUCAAGGAUUCGGCCCAGCUGCGUUUCUACCUUCCGGGAUUGGCUUGCUUGGGAGCAUCUAUCGUCCCGGACCACGUAAGAACUUCGUUUUCAGUCUCUACGGCGCAUUUGCUCCUGUGGGAUUCUUUGCGGGUAUCUUCUUCGCCGGCUUGACUGCCCAAUUCCUGACAUGGAACUGGUUCUUCUACAUUGGAACCAUCUUUCUGGCCAUCGUCUCUGUCGUAUCCUACUGGGCCAUCCCCUGCGAUGUGGGCGAGGAUUAUAAGGAAGAGGUCAAGAUGGACUGGCUAGGCACUAUUGUCAUUGUCCCCGCGCUGAUGCUCAUUGUAUACGGUCUGACCGAUGGUUCCCAUGCCCCGAACGGCUGGGCCACACCGUAUGUCUUGGUCACGUUCAUCCUGGGCUGGAUCCUCAUCGGCGUAUUCGUCUACAUCGAAGGCUGGGUCGCAGAGCAACCUCUCCUCCCCUUCGAUCUCUUCCAAGUCAAAGGAAUGGGCCCCUUGACCAUCGCCCUCUUCUUCGACUACGGCGUCUUCGGAAUCUUUCUUUUCUACGCGAGCUUCUACAUGGAAAACAUCCUCGGCGCCUCUCCACUCCUCACAGCCGCAUGGUUCGCCCCAAUGUGCGUUGGCGGCCUCAUCCUCGCAACCAUUGGCGGCUUGAUCCUCCACUUGCUUCCCGGCACAAUUCUUCUCCUCGUAAGCGGCACAUGCUGGGUCAUCGCGCCCCUCCUCUUCGCCGUGAUGCCCACCUCCCCCAACUACUGGGCCUUCAUCUUCCCCGCCAUGAUCUGUGCGACCGCCGGCAUCGACAUAAUUUACAACGUAACCACCAUCUUCAUCACCACGUCUCUCCCCAAGCGUCGCCAGGGUCUCGCCGGCGCCCUCGUAAACACGCUUCUCUUCCUCGGCAUCUCCUUCUUCCUCGGGUUCGCGGAUCUCGCUGCCGCGCAGACGAAACACCUCGGCGCGAGGAAGAGCUACAAGGUCAACUUUUGGUUUGCGGUCGGGUUGUCGAGUGCGAGUUUGGUUAUCCUGGCGUUGGGGGUUAGGUUGAGUAAGGCGGAGAGCGGGUUGACGGUGGAUGAGAAGGCGGAGUUGGAGAGGGAGUUGACGAGAAGGGAUACGAAUCAGGAGCAUCCAGCUUGA